AAAGAUGCAGUGCCAGAGAAGGUGCACGUGCACAUGCAGAAUGCGCUGCGAAUGCGAUUGCGUAUGCAAGAAGAAACGAUGGCCUCCCAGCGAAAUCGACCUAACACUAUCCCCAUUCGAUUACAAUAUGGACGAACCUGUGGUUGUUAAAUUUAUCACGUCCAAUGCCAGGGUAUUCACCAAGACCUUCCCAGUCCGCAGGAUGAUCAAGCAGAUACGCCAAGAAUUCGAAGAAAUCUUCGGCAUACCAGCGGAACACCUCCUCAUAUCCUACCAAGACGUGGUACUCGAUGGCGAGUUGAUGCUAAAGAGCCUCGUCAAAGACGAGGAAUUCAAGACGUUAGAACUGAAAUUAGCGACGACGGACGCUUGCAACUAUGUCAUCGACGUGCAGAAAAUCUACCCGGAGAUCGACGCCGUCCCGGACAUCAUCACGGUGCAAUACAGAAACGUGGACGGCGACAGAAAAUACGCGAUAGUGGAAAUCGAGCACAAAGCCGUGCAGAAACCCAUGCUGGGCGGUUACAAGCACAUUCGAACAGGUGUAAAAUACUUUCACGGUUACAGCCAGACGGGGCCGUCGCCUCCGAAGGUGCCGCCCGAAGAGCAGUUCCACCGGGACACGCAAACCACCGUGGUGAGAAACCGAUUGCAAAGCAUGAGUUACUCGCAGGCGACUCAAAUGUCGAGCAACCAGAUCUACAUACCGAACGUUACCGAUAAAAUAAUCACGUCUGGCCCGUACGAGACUGCGGAUGAAAGGGAAAAACGGCUGGACGUGCAGGGUAAGAUCAUUACCAUACAAAGGUACUACAGAGCGUGGAAAACGAGAUGCGCGUUGAAGAAGCUCAGCGCCGAAUACCAGAAGCGUAUUCGACUGGCCCAAGAAGCGGAAGACGAGGAGCAAAACGAGGACGAUAAUCGACGUAGGAAAGACAUGGUUAGCAAGAUAUUUCCCGUGUCGUUGGCCGAUUUCGCCAUGCUUUUCACCAUGGUGGAUAGGUGGAAGAAGAGCGAAGUGGCGAGAAUCAAUUCGCUCUAUUGCGGCGCCUCCAAAAUCGCCGAGCUCUACCUACUGCUGGAAAAAGAAAUGGAGAUCCUUAGAGGAAUCGAAAACUUGAGGACCAAGGCUGCUCGGGAUAUGGAGUACAAGAAUGUCGAAAGGUUUUUCGAAAGAAUUGCGAAACCUAUCGACUGGUACAGCACCUACAAAAGCUUGCACAUAUUCAUGGAAACAUUGGAAUGCCAAAAAGGCCGUGAAUACUUCAAAUUGUACAAAAAACUAGUAGACAGAACAUUAAAUUUCAAAGACAAACUUAACGUAUACAUGGAGAUUAAAGAGUACAUCAACGAUCACGAUUGCCAAGACAGCGAUCUGCUCAACACGCUAAUAAAUCAGGCGUGUCAGCUGAUGUCCAGAGGCAUCGAGAGCAAGUUUCUGAAAGGUCUCGAGAAGCGCAUCGAAGCGACCGUGUUGCAUCACUUCAAGAACGUGGAAUGCAACGAAAACGUCACAAAGCACAUGAACAUGAUCGAAUUGGCCAAGAUGGAGAAGAAGCUCCACUUCUGCACGAGGUGCAGGAAAUUCAAGACCAUCGACGGGUACAGACUGGCGGCGCGCACCGACCGCCUACGCUACUGCAACAAGUGCAAAUGGUUGGACAAGAUCGAAGAACCUUGGGUGGAUUUGUUGCCGCACCGGUUCAUAUUGAAGCAAGUGAGGAACUACGAGCGACUGCACAGGGCCACGUCCUCCGUCGCCUUCAUUUUGCAGGACGUCGACGUUCAUCACAUCGUCGUCAACAUUUGGCAUGGCCAUUCCGCUUUAUCGGAAUGCAACGAUAUUUAUCAACUGAGGUUGGCGCGUUGGAGGCGCGACGACAAUUGGUCGCCGUGGAAUUGCAUCCUGUUGACCGUCGAGGAGAUGAGGGCUCAUCUGAAGAUAUCGAAAAUCGACGAGGUGUACGAGAAGGAGUUCAUGAACCACGUGUACAACAAGCAUGCCUUGGCGAAGAUGCACUUCCCGACGUUGCAAUCGCUGGAUAAGAACUUCACCAAGAAGGUGAAGGGCGACGCGAAGAUGGACGAGUACUCGGGCUACUACGACGUGGGGAGCAUGGAGUGCCUGAAGAGCGAGACCUCCGAGGAGGAGUUCACCGAAAGCGAUGAGGUCGAUUUCGAUUGUCACGAUUUGUCUAAGGUGUGCAACUGCGGCGUGGCGCCUGGAUGCACAUCUUAGGC